AUGUGUUAAUUGUCGAAGUGGUUGCAUUACCCCUGACAGACGAGGUAAAUAUCAUGCAAGGUAGUUGACGAACCCUGAGAAGCGUUGAAUGUCCUCAACAUUCUGUGGUGCUGGCAUUUCCAACACAGCCUUUAUUUUCUGUGGGUCACACUUAAGUCCCUGAUCAGUGAUGAUGUGACCAAGAAAGGUAACCUCUUUCCUGUGUGAAGAGGUAUUGCGCACGUAAAAUCCUUGCCGGAAAUAGUCGGUACCUUCCGGAAAUAAUCACAAAUUUGAAAUGUUUUAGAGUUACAUUUGCUGUUAAAAUUUAUAAAUAAACUGUUAAAAUAUAAUUAAAUGUACCUGUAAGAAUUCUGAUGCAUCGUAACUAUUAAAUUGGAUAAAAGUACGCAAAGCUUUCAACUUUUCCCAUGGUGCACUUGUUUCAUAGUUUUCGCGCCAUAGUCGCCAUGCUUGUCAAAGUGAGAGGUACACAACAUUUUUAGAGAGCUCCACAUACGAAGCCACAACUUUGUCAUUCCUUGUAAGUACUCUCCAAUUACUUAUAUCACGUCGUAUGUAGAUGAUUUGUUAUUUAGAAAUUACGUACGUAGAUGGUUUGCUAAAUUGAUGUCUAUUUUAGAAGUCGGUUCAGGCCUCGUCACAGUACAGUGCUUGGUGAAAAUAACACCACGUGGUAAAGCUAUUUCAAUUCCUGACCGUUGCUUAUUGACACGAUCAUGGAAAUAUAAUUGUUUGUUGAUGGUUGCAUUUCUGCUAGAAUUCUUUUCCUUUAAUUUUCACGUAUUUGUAAUAUUGAUGCUAGUCACAUUGAAUAGUUUUAGUGAGUGACCACGAGUUACCUCCUUUGUCCAUUUUAUGUAAACAUCGGCCAUGCUCAUUAGAAAUAGAUCGUUUUUGAUUUACUACUCGGCCAAAGUUAAAAUAUAUUAUUUACUAGUUUCGAAAAGCAUGUUGUGAUUGCUGCGAGAUUAUAUCGUUGAUUGUUACGAUUAGCCUUUUGUUUGGUGCUAGGACCUGUGACCGUCCCUGUGACUGUCCCUGUGUUGCCGAUAGGCAUGGAUAACCUUUGACCCUUGUCAGCUGGUUGUAGUCACGUGGGGGUUUUUCAUCAAGUUGCCAUCAUGGAACGACAAUAAAUACUCUUCGAUGAAACUAUUCACUCUUCUUUACUGAUUUCCCAAGUUACAAAAAUGGUGUCAGAAGUGGGAUGCAGAAGUGAUGUGAAAGAAACCCCCAGGGUGACUGUGAUGAGGAAGUCGAUGUGAGGGAGAGUCCUACAACCAAGAUGUCUGGGUCUGCCAGCCCAAGUAAUAUCAACUUGCAGGGGGAAGCUGAACGGUCUGCUGAAACAAUGGAAGCUGUCGCGAAGGAGUUGGAGGUCCUGAGACUGAAAGUGAGGGAACAGGAGGAUGCACUGGCUGCAAGGAUCAACAAGCCUGUUGUCCUGUCCACAGGUCGACAAAUAGCUCGCUUCAAGGACAAAGCAUCAGAACCCGGCGAUGUUUCACUAGAAGAAUGGAUUUCGGAUGUGAGAUGUGCUGCAGAAACCCGCAAGUUGAAGACAGAAGAUUUCGCUGUUCUGCUAUGCGAGAAUCUUGGUGGACGGGCCCGACAAGAAAUCCUUGCCAGAGGAUCAGACAUCAGGAAUUCUCCGACCAACAUUAUACGGAUCUUGCGGAAAGUGUUCGGCGAUGGAUGUGACUUGCCGUCGGCACAGCACCGUUUCUAUUCCUAUCGCCAAUCGUCUGGACAGGAUCUGGUUACUGUAUCCCUUGAUCUUAUUGAUCUAUAUGACAAGAUCAUUGAAAUUGAUCCUACUUUCAGCGGAAUGAAGGAGUCUGCCCUUAAAGGUCAACUGGCGGAAGCUGUACAGAGCGACGUCCAAAAACGAGAGACAAGGCGCCUUACUAUCGAGCACCCCAGCAUGAGUUUCCUGGACUUGAGGGAUCGUCUUAUUGAAUGGCUUGGCAACACUCCAUUAAAAGAAAAGAAUGUACAUUAUCAAGAACAUCGAGCAAACUUUGAAGAUGUCUUGAAGAGACAGGAGGCCAUGAUAGAGGAACAACAGAAACAGAUACAAGAGCUUCUCACCAUCAACGCUCGACCAAGGACAAGGGCUUGCUGGGAAUGUGGGGAAGAGGGUCACAUGCGACGCGAUUGUCCGAACCGAUCUGCUCCCCGUUCUAGAAGACCAAGGGCUUUAAACAUGUAAAACCCACAGCGGAGGACCUCACUGUGGGGGUUGAAGAAAACAAUGCUUAUGGUCCACUCUUACAUAGACUGGUAGGGAGAUGUCCGGAGACCGUUAUUGAUGUUAAUGGGAUCAAGAUCCGAUGUCUGGUGGAUACCGGAGCACAGGUGUCGACGAUUACAGAAUCAUUUUACAGGGAUUACUUUCAAGGAAAGGAAAUUGUCGACAUUGGAGGACUGAUCCGCAUUAAGGCUGCCAAUGGACAGGACAUCCCCUACUUGGGCUAUCUAGCAUUGGAUAUAGUUACUUUUGGCCAUGAACUCAAAUCUAUAGGAUUCCUGGUAGUGAAAGACCCUUUAGAACCAGCAAUGCAAGAAAGAAAAUUAGAAGUCCCUGGAGUUUUAGGAUGCAACGCUCUUAGAGACAUGAAAUCCCUUUUAGAAACAAAUAGCGUAACAGUGGAUGAUGAAGUCCGAGAUCUUUUGGCAUACUACGAUGAGAUCGCAAC